ACAAAAAAAAAUAAAGUUGAAUGAUAUAGAAUAUAGACACACACCUCUUCCAUUAUCUAUCCACAUUACAUAAUCUAUCACAUCAUUCUAUCUCAUCCCCUCCAACACCACCCAAAAAAAAAAAAACACCAAAACUUCAAAAGAAAAUUCUCCCUCCACCAAAAUCCCCAAACUACCCUCAACCCUAAACCCACCCACCUCAAAAUCCCAACCCCAUUUUCGUCAUUUCACCCCUCAAAAAACACUCCAAAACUUUUUAAAAAAACCUUCAAAAACAAUGGCGCGCCAAAUCUCUCUUUUUCCCUCCCGCGCCUCAUUUCCCCCCUCUAUUAAACACCACCUCCAAACAAACCCUUCUCUCUCUCUCUCCUCCCGCCACCACACUUCAACACUUUCUCUCUCUUAAUCCCCGCCAAUCAAAAUGCGCCACCACAUCGCCGCCGCAUCAUCAACCCCAACAACCCCAGCAACACCCUACUUAGAUCCCUUCAAACGCGGCAAAAAACGCGGGAGUUACAACUGUGGUCGAUGUGGCCUUCCCAAAAAAGGCCACGUAUGCGACGGUUCAACCACCACCACCACAACCACCACCACAACCACCACUGAUAGUACUAAUACAACAACACCAUGUACUCCUCGGCCACCCCCGCCUCGGCCGCAACGAGCUUUAUCUUUCGACGAUUUAGACGUCGGAGACUCGUCCGAUGUAGAGACGGGGGAUCAAGAAAGAGGGAUGAUGUCUGGUCAAUUUGAUUAUUUUAUGAAUGGUGAUGAGAUUGUUUCGGGUGGAUUACCAACUAAUUGUAUGUGGGAAGUGAUUAAAAGGUUACCUCCUACAUCACUUAUGUUGGCUUCUGGUGUUUGUAAAGGGUGGAGAGAUGUUGCUGUUCGGGUUUGGAAAGCUACUGAAGAGUUGCGGGUUCGGGUUCCUGUUAAUGGAUCGGUUGCAUUUGUUGGGUCGAUUUUGAAGAAAUGUAGUGAUUCUCUUGUUAGGAUCUCUCUUCGGAUGGAGAGUGAUGUAGACGCAACAUUGCUGGCUUGCAUUGCGUUCUCUUGCCCAAAUCUGGAAUCGAUGGAGAUCACUACCUUAGGCUCGUCAAUUAACCGGAUAACUGGAGAUGAGCUGGGUCGUUUUGUUGCUGAUAGACGGUCUCUUACAAGUCUUAAGAUGGAAGGGUGCUCUAAUCUAGGAUCAGUUGUUAUGACUUCAAGUAGUCUCUCUACACUCUGGCUUUCUGAUCUUCAUUCGCUUUCUAAGACGAUUCUCAACUGCCCUAAUUUGAAGGAGGUUUCUUUGAACUUUUCUCAUCAAGAAAAUGAUAUUACCGAUGUCACAACCAUGAUGGAUAACUUGGGAAAAUAUUGCCCAAAGUUGCAGAACAUUCAUGUUGCAUCACCUAGAUUGUCUCAUGCUACUGUUCUUGCUCUGACAGCCGCAAAUUUGAGGGGAUUGAGAAUGCUCUCACUAGUGUUGGGUUCUGGCAUCACCGACGCUUCUGUUGCUGCCAUUGCUUACAGUUUUUCAAAGUUAGAACUCCUUGACUUGAGUGGGUCUAGCAUCACUGAUAGUGGCAUUGGAAUAAUAUGUAACGUGUUCUCCCGAAGUCUAUCAAGAUUAUUGUUAGCUCUUUGCCCUAAUAUUACUUCAAGUGGUAUUCAAUUUGCCACAGCGCAAUUGCCUAGUCUUGAGCUAAUGGACUGUGGUAUGUCGAUCUGUGAUCCUAACAUGGAUGAUGUUUCUGUGGAUGAAAGCAAUGAUAAUGAACCACAGAAAAGUAGCAAGCUGCAUCAUAUAUACCAGAAGCUUAUAGUCAAGCAUAGUCGACUGAAGAAACUUAGCUUGUGGGGUUGUUCUGGCUUAGAUGCUCUAUACUUAAAUUGUCCAGAGCUCAGUGACCUUAACCUUACCUCCUGUAGAAAUUUGCAUCCAGAGAGAUUACUUCUUCAGUGUCCCAAUUUGGAAAGUGUUCAUGCUGCUGGCUGUGUAAAUUCGCUGCAUGAAGUUAUUGAAACUCAGAUUGAAAAUGCUCCACUAGAAAGCCAGUUACUAAGCAAGCGCAUGGCUGAUAGUUCCAAGAGAGUUAGAGUACCUCACAUCCUCAGCCAACAGUCUUCUGAUGAUAUUAAGGAAUGCCAAGUUCGGAAGCGAAGAUGUCUUGUAUUUAUGGAAUGAAUCCUCAAAUUGUGAUUUAUGUACAUCAUUGAAAGCUCCUCCUUGUAAUUCAUCAUGGGGUUACAUUCACAAAACUGUCCUUUGUUCUAAUUAGUAAAUCCAGCAUAGGAAGACAUAUAAAUGAACAUUGAACAAUGUUGUUGAAAGUUACUCUGUAAUUCAUUCAAAAUAAAAACAAAACUGUAUUUUAUACACUGUUUAGAAUUAGUUUUUCUAGUUUGUCCUUCCACAAUCUCUCUGAUUUAAUAGCUGAAAAUCCAACGGCGUAAACACAUGUUGUAUCAAUUGAUUACUCCAAUCAGGAGUUUUAUUAGUAUCUUAACACUGUCUAUAAUCUCAUAUUAAUAGAGUGAAAUGUACUUUAUGCUUCAUUUUAAGUA